AAUCUGGGUGCAGUGGCCUCUUUGGGUGUUUUAAUGUGCAUGGUAGUUACCAUAGUGGGCAUUAAAUUAUGGUGGUUUAAACAUCGUUUAUCAUUUGAACAGACCAGUACCCAGAAUGGUGCUGCUGGUGGUGGUACGCCACCGGUUAUAGUGCCGCGUCGGAGUAAAACACAAAAAUAUAAAAGGAAUAAAAGAUAUUCACAACAAAUCUAUGACAGUGUUGAAGUUCAUGGAGUUUUUAGGCAAAAACGUGAAGAUGAAUUGGAAAUCCAGAGACCCCAACAACUGCCACCGGUUCGUAUACGCCAACUAUCCGAUAGUACUUCCUCACUUAUAUUACCGCCACCUCGCAAUAAGAGAAGAGAUCAAGUACAUUCCACAGCAUUUGAAGACUUGGAAAUUGCCACACCUCCCCUAACAACAGCCUCUUCUUCAGAUCUAACCGCCAUACGAGAGAGUAAUACAAAAAUAUCAUUGACAUUUGAAGAAUUUGAAAAACAAUUCAAAUUAAAAGAAAUAAAACCCGAAGUUCCUGAACCAUCCACCACACAUGAAGUUCUAGAAAUACCCGUACCACCGUUACGUUUAAAUCGCAGCAGUUCGGCCAUGGUAAAGCCGGAGAAGACACCGCGCUAUUUGAAAUCAUCACAAUCUAUAACUAUACCAGAAUUUCAUAAAGUUAUAGAACGUAGACCGACUGGUUUCUCAAGGCCUACCGAAGAUUUAACCAAAAUCGAUGAUUACGAUGAACCCAAACUCUUUGAAACCUUUGGAGAGCGAAGACCUACGGGUUACAUUAAGUAUGAAGAGGUUGAUGUUGAUCUACAGGAACAAUAUGAAAAGGAACUUAAUGCUGAGUUAGCUAAAGAUGAUCGAAAUUGGGGAAAUCCUCAGGAACUACCAGCACUAGAUGCUUUAAGAAAUGAACGUAUUAUUUAUAAUAAUAAUUUAAACGAAAGUCCCGAUGUACAAUAUACUGAAAAGUAUAAUUUCGAUGUUAAAUCCUACAAAUUUAGUGAACUAGAAGAUGUAGAAUAUAAAGAAGAGGAUUUCAUGGAUCAGAGAAAGAAUAAAAUGGCGGAAAUUAAAGAAAUUUCCUCUGUAACAUUUGAGGAAUUGGAUACCGAAAGUUAUCCAAAUAAUGAAGCAGUAUUUGCUGCAGAUUAUAGAUCUGUUAAUGAUAGAAGACCCACAGAGUUUGUGAAACAACCUCAAAGAGAUGAAGUAGAAUCAGUUACUGAAUUUAAAACAGUUAAGGAAAGCAGAUCCAGAGAGUUUGAUAAUGGACCUCCCAAUGAUGGAGAUGUGUACAAAACUGAUUUCGUUUCAGUUAAAGAUCGCAAUGCCACUGAGUUUGCCAAAGAAUCUCCGAAUGCUGGAGAGGAAUUUGUAACUGAAUUCCGUUCAGUUAAGGAACGAAGACCCACUGAGUUUAAUAAAGGCACACAAAGUGAAGAAUUUGUUACGGAAUUCCAUUUAGUGGGUAAACAAAGAUCAACUGAGUAUGUUAACGAACCACAAUCUAAUGAAGAAGAAUGUGUUACUGAGUUACGUUCAGUUAAAGAACGAAGACCUACAGAGUUCGUUAAAGACACUCAAAGUGAUGAAGAGGAAGAAUUCCUUUCAGUUCAAGAACAAAAAUCAAUGGUUAAUCAUCCUAAAGCGACUCAAAAACAACUCAUAACUGAGUAUCGUUCAGUUAAGGAACACAGACCUACAGAUUUUGCUAAAGACUAUCAACAAGACUUCGAAGAAGAAUUUGUUACGGAGUUCCGUUCAGUCAAGGAAUGUAGAUCAACUGAAUACAUUAAAGACGAAUUUGCCAAUGGAAAUUCAGAAUUUUUCGAAUCUUCUAGUUUGCAAGAAGAUUUCGAUAGUCAAUUCACUAGCUGGCCUCAGUUUGAAGAGAAAAUUGAAACUCCAAAAGUUAAUGUUAGAAGAUUUAAUAAUCAUCAUUUGGAAUCACAGAACAGUUUCGAGGAGGAACAAGAUUUUCUUGACGAAAAACACAAGGAACAAUCGUCGAUUUCCUUUAAUGUCAGCGAAACUAAUGACAAAUUUACUCUCAAUCAAAGAAGACCUACAGGUUACGUAAGAAAUUGGCCAGAAUCACCUGACUUAAGUGAAACCGAAGAAUGGCAAGAAACUUCUCAUAGUCAAAAGAAAGUAUAUAGUCAAGUACGUUCGUUAAUGACCACAGAAUCCACUACAUAUUUACAACAACGUGAGGUAACGUUUGAAUCCUCAACAGUUCAAAGUUCUAAUCAAGAGUUUGAUGAUAAUUCCGCAAUAAAACAAAGACGUCCCACGGGAUUUGUCAGAAAUAAUGAUUACUAUGUGACAUUUAAUGAUGAAUCUGAUGAGGAUCAAAAUGAAAGCCCAAGACAUACUAAUGAGGAAAUGGAGAACUUUCAACCACCAAAAGUCAAAUUUAAUGAUGAAGAAUUUCAGACAUGGGCAGAGAGUGAAACAGAAAAGUUCACACUUAAUCAAAGAAGACCUACAGGUUUUAUAAGAACAACAAAUACUGAAGAUUUGUGGAAUGAGAUUAACUUACAACAGGAUCCUGAAGAUUUUCCUAAGGGCCAAGUGAAAUUUGAUAAAUCUACUGAUUUUAAAGAUGAACAAGAAAUUUGGAAUUCCGAUAUCAAACAGAGAAGACCCACAGGUUUUAUAAGGAAAAUGGAAAUGUUGGAGUUGUCGGAUGAUGAAAAUUUCACAACUAAAGAACGAAGACCAACUUUAGAAGAUGAGGAAUAUAGCAAACAUGAUUGGGAAUAUAAAGACAUUCCCCUUAGUCCUAACGUUAGAUUUAAAGAAAUGGAGCAUAGUUUUAGUGAUUCUGAAAAUAAUAGUGAGUCUUUGAUAAAGCAGCGCAGACCCACCGGUUUUGUGAGAAAAGAAGAGUUAGAUAAAAUGGAAAAGCAAGUUAAUUUCCAAAUAAACGAGGAAGACAGCGAAAAUUUUUCUCAAGAAAAUGAAGCCUUAAAGCAAAGAAGACCUACAGGAUUUGUAAGAAAAGAAGAAGUUAAUAAACAAGUAAAUUUCCAAUUACAACAAAACUCAGAUGAAGAAGGCACAACUAAAUUUGGAAAUGAAGAAUUAAGACAACGAAGACCUACUGGUUUUGCCAGAAAAAAGGACUUAAGCUUUUUGGAAAAUCCUCCUCCCUUAUAUCAAGCACAAACUAACGACAGCCGACACGAGUUCGAUGAUCAAUUAUGGCAAGAAAUGGAAAAAGAUAUAGAAAAUGACUUUUCCCACAACAUUGAAGAAGAAUUCACUAAAAUACGUCAUUCCUAUGAAGUACAUGAAGCAGAUUUUCUAGAAAAAUCUCCUUUAAAUAGUCCCCAACAACCUUUAGGCUUUGGCAAAAGUAUUGAAGAUGAUUGGAUUAAUUUCGAACAGUUAAAGACACAACAAAUUGCCAAGGCAAACUUACAAUCACCACAAGAAAUUAAAAUAACCUUUAGUGAUGCAGAAUUAACAGCUGCUACUACCUCAAUACUCAAAGAACCCAAAAUAGAUGAAGAUAUACAAGCUAAACCGCGUAAAAGUAAAGUAACAUUUGAUUUUAAAACCGAGGAACAUGUUAUACCAGGCAGAAAUGCCCAAAGGGAUUUAGAAUUUGAGUCGGAUUAUGAUGAUGAUGACGAUGUAUAUAACAAACCUCCUCCCCCCAUACCACCACAACCCAUGCAACGUUUGUCAAAUAUAAAUUAUAACACUGAAUCAACCCUGACACCUAUUGUUACCAUACCCAAAACUAUAUCAUUAUUUGGUUCUCAAAUAUCCCAUGAAGAUAAUGAUAAUGAAGAUAGUUGGUCUGCCAUACGAAAACAUCGCAACUUGACAGUGGAAUUGCAAAAUAUAACAACAACCGCAGACUCCAAAUUAUCCUCACCACCACCUGAUUUUAAUACACCACCACCUAAACCUGCCUAUCGCAAUCCUAUGGCUCAACUGGCUAUACAACGGGCCAAGGAAGUACGUGCCGAUAUGGAUGGUUUUAAGGCACGUUCUAUAAAUGAUAAAAAACCUGAGGCUUCCAAGAGAAAUAAGCAGAAAUUUUUAGAUUUAAAUAAUGAUGACUAUGAAGGUACUGAAGCUUAGUUUGUUGUUAAAUUAUUUGUUUAGCUAGUAGGAGUAUUUGGGCUUAAAUAUACUACUUCACUUAAUAAUCAAAUUUGUAUGUUAAAACCAUGAAAA